AUGACUGUAUCUGUGGUUGUGUCUGUCAGGGAAACAGAUAGCAAAAAGCAAUGGAAUGCCUUGAAACACAAGGAGAAAGUUAGCGGGGAGGCUCCACCCAUUAAGAAGGACAAAUACUUAGCUUCUGACUUGGCCUUCAACUACCAAAACCCAGGCAAGAAGCAGGGCAUGAUGCCAGCGGAUCUCAGUCUACCCAAUGGCACACCUGUGGACACUUCUAGCCCAGCCUCCUCCUCAUCUCUCCUCAACAGACUGCAGCUGGAUGAUGACUUGGACGGGGAGACUAGAGACCUCUUCGUUACUGUUGAUGAUCCCAAAAAACACGUGUGCACGAUGGAGACGUAUAUCACAUACAGGGUUACAACAAAGACCACGCGAGCAGAGUUUGAUUUGCCAGAGUAUUCUGUCCGCCGGCGGUACCAAGACUUCGACUGGUUGAGAAAUAAGCUGGAAGAGUCUCAGCCUACGCAUCUCAUUCCCCCUCUUCCUGAGAAAUUUGUGGUGAAGGGCGUUGUCGAUCGUUUUUCUGAAGAGUUCGUGGAGACGAGGAGGAAAGCAUUAGACAAAUUCUUGAAGAGAAUAACUGAUCACCCAGUGCUUUCUUUUAAUGAGCACUUCAGCGUGUUUCUCACAGCCAAGGAUCUUAAUGCCUACAAAAGGCAAGGAAUGGCAUUGCUGUCAAAGAUGGGGGAGUCUGUCAAAUACGUUACAGGAGGCUACAAAUUAAGAAGUCGGCCACUGGAGUUUGCAGCCAUUGGGGAGUAUCUAGACACAUUCUCUCUAAAGCUUGGUACCAUUGACAGAAUAGCACAACGGAUUAUCAAAGAACAAUUGGAGUACUUGGUGGAAUUACGGGAAUAUGGACCUGUUUAUUCAACCUGGGGAGGGCUGGAGGUUGAGCUAUCAGAGCCACUGGAAGGGGUGUCUGCCUGUAUUGGGAACUGCUGCACAGCCCUUGAAGAACUCAGUGAAGACAUGACUGAAGACUUCCUGCCUGUCCUUAGGGAAUAUAUAUUGUACUCAGACUCAAUGAAGAAUGUCUUGAAGAAGAGAGACCAAGUUCAAGCGGAGUAUGAAGCAAAACUGGAAGCAGUAGCCUUGAAAAAGGAAGACCGUCCAAAGGUACCCACAGAUGUUGAGAAAUGUCAAGACCGAGUAGAAUGUUUUAAUGCUGACCUGAAAGCGGAUAUGGAGAGAUGGCAGAACAACAAAAGACAAGAUUUUAGGCAGCUACUCAUGGGGAUGGCAGAUAAAAACAUCCAAUACUACGAGAAGUGCCUUACGGCGUGGGAGUCAAUUAUACCACUAUUACAAGACAAGCCAGAGACCAAAUAAGAAGUACCUUCAUGGACACUUCUAUGCUCAGUACCACUAGACAUACUGGAACUGUAUGAAGGACUCCUUUUGUUAAGUUAACCGAAAUGCCAGCUGCACUUAGGCUGGAACAGACGCUCUGAAAACUAUUGGGAUUUUUUUCCUCACUUUCUGUGUUUAAACUGGGGUAUGUUUCAUCUUUUUGAGUUAUCUUGAAUGGUUCCUUCUUUAUCCUAUGGAGUGAUUUGGGGGUUCAUAGUGAAAGUGCACGGGGAUCUUGAUAAAACUUACCUCUCUAGUCUGGAAGGAACUGAUGAGUGGAACACUAAAAAGAUGAAAAUAAAACUCUACUGCAAGGUGCCAAAUGAUAUCUUUAUUACCAUUCUGUUUUGUUUGCUAAAAAAAAAAAAAAAAAAAAAAAUUUACCCUUUUGAUGAUGCAGUACUCCCUAACCAAUCCUUAUCCUUUUUUUUUGGAUGGACAGGGAAAGGCUUGGAAGUGUUUUCUGUUUUGCUACUGCCUAUACACUCCCUCUGGAUAAAGUGGUUUCUGGAGACUUUUCCGUGUGGGAGUUGGGCUGGUCCUAGACAAAACAUACGACCACCACCACCUGCAGAUAGCCUGUGAUGCAAGCAUGAACUGUGGUUUUUGUGAGUGUGGCAUGCUGUUGGUUCAUACUGAGUAUCUAUCUUUACCUUGGUGAUUAUGAAGUAAUGUCCGUUGGCUGAAGUGUACUUGUGACUGACUUGGGGAUCAAAAUCAGCCUAGCUGUGGGAGUUAGUUGAACAGCAGCCUUUCAAGGCUUAUGGGAAGGGUGGAAGCAAGUAUGAGUCUUUAGUGUAUUUUUUCUAAAGUUAGCUGUGGAAGUUGCAUGGUAGAAUUCUCUUGGUCCAUGCUUUAAAUGUUGGGGUUUUUUUUGUUUGUUUAUUUGUUUUUUUGUUUUCUGAACUAGAGCCACUUUGGGCUUGGUCAUUUAAGGUGCCUGCUGUAGUAAAGGCAGAACUCUGCUUUCUCUCCCCAUGUUUUUUUUGCAGCAGCCAAAAGCCAAAAAGUGUCAAAUCCUUGCUUACACCAAGCAUCAUUGUGUGUGAAACUUGCCUUAAACAGGUUGGUGGGGGUAGAUGAGUAGC